UAGAGGAGGGGUGAGAGAAGAGAUGAAGCAUAACCAUCAUAGAACUGGGAAUAUACCUUUCUGAUAACUGGAAGUCUAUUCUUAAAAACUUUUGUUUUUACAUAGAAUUAAGAAAAAAAGCCCAGACUACGUAAACAAUAUGUGGGAUUUAAGCUUUGUCAGCACUGACACCUGGUUAACCUAUUUGGAUUUAACUAUGCCAUAGAAACAGAGGGUGGGGCAUGGAUCCACAUAUGAAGAAAUCUGAGAUACAAAUGGAGGAAGCUGUCAUUGAAUAAUGGACGACAAGACCAAGUCCAUGAUAGCCACUGUGGCAAAUUAUUCUGUUCUGAAUCUUACCACUGCCCAGUGGGAACUCAAUCCUACCGUUCCUGCUGAAGUGGGUGUUGUCACAAGCUCCCAGUCACAGAUCAAAGAUCUUUUUGGGUUGUUCUGCAUGGUUACCCUCAACCUCAUUGCUUUGUUGGCCAACACUGGUGUGAUGGUGGCCAUUGCUCGUGCUCCGCACCUUAAGAGGUUCGCGUUUGUGUGUCACCUUUGUGCAGUUGACCUGCUGUGUGCCAUCCUCCUGAUGCCUUUGGGGAUCAUAUCCAGCUCACCAUUCUUUGGAACUAUUGUGUUCACCGUUCUGGAAUGUCAGGUUUACAUCUUUCUUAAUGUUUUUCUUAUUUGUCUUUCCAUUCUCACCAUCACAGCCAUCAGUGUAGAACGUUACUUUUACAUUGUACACCCAAUGCGUUAUGAAGUCAAGAUGACCAUCAAUCUCGCUAUUGGUGUCAUGCUACUAAUCUGGGUUAAGUCAGUCCUCUUAGCUGUUGUCACACUGUUUGGAUGGCCAGCUUAUGGACCUCAGAGCUCUAUUGCAGCAGCUCACUGCUCUCUUCAUGCAACCCACAGUCGCCUAAGAGGAGUAUUUGCUGUGCUCUUCAGUGUGGUUUGUUUCCUGGCUCCAGCAGUGGUCAUCUUUGCUGUUUACUGUGCUGUGUACAAGGUGGCUCGUUCUGCAGCCCUGCAGCAAGCCCCUGCAGUACCAACAUGGGCAAAUUCAAGCCCUGCCAAGGAUCGCUCUGACUCCAUCAACAGCCAGACCACCAUAAUCACUACCACCCGCACUCUGCCACAAAGACUGUCUCCAGAGAGGGCAUUCAGUGGAGGCAAAGCUGCAAUGACUUUGGUAUUCAUUGUAGGCCAGUUCCUGGUUUGCUGGUUGCCCUACUUCAUCUUCCACCUGCAAAUGUCUCUGACCGGUUCCAUGCAGAGUCCUGGGGACUUAGAAGAAGCCGUCACCUGGCUGGCUUACUCCUCCUUUGCUGUCAACCCAUUCUUCUACGGCCUGUUGAACAGACAGAUCAGAGAGGAGCUGGUAAAGUUUAGACGUUGCUGCCUUACACAGCCUGCGGAACUUGGGGCAUCCAGCCAAGAGGGUUCGUUUCAGGAAAACUUCCUGCAGUUCAUCCAAAGAACGACUAAUGCAGCUGAAACUCGCUCCAACUGUGCCAACUCCAGUCCUCAGCCAUCCACUAACCACACUGUAGACCAAGUAAACAAGAUACCCGGACAAAUACCCGAGGAACAUGCUUAGACACUGAUAAGUAGAUGUUUUGGACUACAGUGCUAAUAUGCAGUCACUGUCGUUUCUUUUUGAAAGACAUUGUGUUUUAAUCAAUAUAUCCCUGUCCAUGCUGGGCAAAAACAGAGGACAAAAUCUAAUGGCUACUAUAAACAGAGGAAACAGUUACAAUAAUCCUUUUAAUAUACAUAUGGACAUUAUAGUAUUGUUUUAAAGUAGUGUUGAAAAAAAUGUUUUGAAGUACACAUAUAAUCUUUAGCAUAUUUUAGCUUUUAAUUAUGAUAGGCUUUCCUAUUUAUACUGAAGUAUUGAAAUGGUGUAAAUUUACUUUUCACUUUGUAAUUGGCCCAGUUUUAACAGUGUUUGUAUACAUUUUCUAUAUGUUUAUAAAUGUAAAUCUGGUAUGCAACUGC